CAUCUUGGGCACUCAGGGGCCUCCUGGUCCACCUGGUGUCCCAGGCCCCGCUGGCCCUCAAGGCCCCGCCGGUCCUUCAGGACUGGCCCCCUACAGCGGCUCUGGAUACAGGCUGGAGGAGGUCAAGGACUACAUACAGAGUGAUGGUCUAAGAGGGGGCAUGUUUGGGCCCCCAGGCCACCCAGGUCCCCCUGGACCCCAGGGACACAAGGGAGAGCAGGGUGACUCUGGGAACGGCUACGUCUUCGACCACAGGACCAACGAGGGAAGCAGGCUGGCUGAGACUGAGACAGACUACUCCAAUAUAGCGGUCCGAGUGACUGACUACAUCAAGUCCCAUGGUCUUUUGAGGCACGUGGUUGAGAACCGCUCUCAGCUGGAGAAGUCACAGGUUGUUCAAGGACCCCCAGGACCCCCUGGCCCACCCGGUGCUCCAGGAUUCAGCCAUGUGUUUGGUUCCCAUAGUAACGCCACUGACCUUGUGGAAUACAUCAGAGCCCAUGGAAACAUUCUGGGACCCCCUGGGAGGCCAGGACAGAAAGGGGACAUAGGACAUACAGGUCACAAAGGAGAGAGAGGACUGGAUGGCAUCCCAGGAAGGACAGGCCUCCCUGGUCUGGAGGGGGAAAUGGGGGAAAAGGGAGAGAAAGGAGAAUACACACUUGUGACGCACAGAAGAAGGAGGAAUGUCGGUGUUUGAGAAACAAAUGAUUGAUAAAUGCUCAUUAAAGGUGAAUGAAAGUCCGAUGAAAUAUGUAAUCUCAUGAGCAUACAUGUUUGGGGCCUAAUGCCUUGGAGACAUUACUGAUGUAAAUGUAUAGUUUUCUAUAGGAUAAACUGUUGAACAGUGUAGUAUUCCAUGCACUUAUGUAUUGUUGUUGAUUUUUAUGUGUAAAAUAUGUCUUUAUGAUCUAUUUUUACUAUAGUGUUUGAUAUGGGGUUUCUUUCCAAUUCACCUCCUUGCAUGUUGAUAGUGGAAAUAGUUCAAUUAUGUGGUGAAAAAUAUGACAGGGUGUGCUAUUUCUAUUCAAUACCUUUUGUACUAUUGUGCUAUUAUCGUUAUUGGACUUUGAUAUCGAACAAAACCAAAAACAUCGUCAAAAUCUCCUUUGAAUGUACUGGUAUCACUUUAUACAAAAUAAAGCUUAGUUUUAACUUAUUUAAUCAAAGUGGAACAUAAGGUUCACAUUGUUCAUUGUUGCUAUAGACUCACUCAAGAAACAAACAAGUACACAAUAUUGCAUACAGGAAAUUGUUUAUUUACAGAACAAUGCAAAUCUACAGUACAUAGGCAUUCUAUAAACUAUAAAGUAAACUCGUCUUAAAAAUGCACAUGACUUUAUCAUGGUAGUUCAAUUUCAAACAACAUUCUGAAAUCAAUCAUGAUACAAUUUGAAAAUCUGAAUGAAAUCAUGACAC